AUGCCUCCAGCAUACACAGCCGCACAAAAGACGGCCAUCCAGAGCUUUGUCGACUUCACCAGUACAGACCGCACAACAGCAGCAAAAGUCUUGCGCCAACAUGGAUGGAACGUGCAAGUGGCAACAAAUGCAUACUUCCAAUCGGGUCCCAGCAGUGGUGGUAGCACUGCCAGCAAAGGCACACUCAACAAGCUCUUCGACAAGUACCGCGAAGAUGUAGCCAACGAACCCGACGAGGUCAACAUUGAAGGCACCAUGCAACUCCUCAACGACAUCGAGGUCAGCCCUGACGAUGUUGGUGCUUUGAUCUUCUCAGAGAUGGUCAAGUCGCCCUCGCUCGGAAAGCUCACGCGCAAUGAAUUUGUCGACAGCCUUGCUGCUCUUGGAUCAAUCUACAAGCACACAUUCCUCCUCGCUCGUCAACCUGGCCAGAAGGCUGUCGCCCUUGAAAACGCCACCGAGUACUGGCGCCUGCUCCUGACCAGCCCCUCCCUCGCGUGGUCAGCACCCAACACUCCCUGGCUCGACUGGUGGAUCGAGUUCCUCACCGAGAAGUACAAGAAGAGUGUGAACAAGGACAUGUGGGAUCAGACUCUGGUGUUCGCUGAGAAGACUCUUGUCGAUGAAGACCUCAGCUUCUGGAGCGAAGACUCUGCCUGGCCUGGUGUCAUUGACGAGUUUGUCGAGUACGUCAAGACCGACAAGCGUGGAGGUCAGGGUGUCGGCGAUGCUAUGGAAGUUGAGUGA